UCAAAAUAUUAUUUUUUGAGAUUCACUUGCUAAUUUUGUUUAAAUAAAAGCUUCUCAAUAAUGGUUUCGUACGCACCAGACGAAAUAGGAUUAGCAGACAAAUCUCCUUGUGCCGGAAUACGGGCGGAUCUCAAGAUAUGCUUACUCAACAGUGAUUGCUGCAAAAAGGACAAAAAGACCCCUCGGGAUUGUCUUAAGGAUGGUGUAGUCCCUGAUGAAUGUAUCCAGUUGCGACAGAGUUUUUUUGAAUGCAAGAGAUCACUAUUGGAUAAUAGAAGAAGAUUCAGGGGGCAUAAGGGAUACUGAAGUGAUGUGAUGUAUGUGAGUGAUAAUUAAUAUUAUAUUAUAACAGACAUUACCUACUGAAUGUACUUUUUAAGUUAAGUAUUAUCUACUUGUUGAUUAAAUUUCGUUACUAAA